AUUGUCCUUCGACCUUCAAAAAAUUCCUGGAUCCAGACGGUGACUCGGAUCACCUCCAAAAUCUAAUCGAUUCUUACUCGUGCUCUUCCGGACAUCCUGUAAAAAUUUGGUGAAAAUCCGUCCAUGACUUUUUGAGUUAUGCUGUUAACAGACAGACAGACAGACACACACACACACACACACACACACACACACACACACAGACAAACAAACUCCGGUGAUUACAUAACCUCCUGGCGGAGGUAACUAUGAAGGUUGGACUCUGAUCACACAUGUAAAAUUUCAGGCAGAUUGGAGCAUGUACAGGCUAGUCGUAGAGCUUUUCCUAUCCAUCCACCAGGGGGUGCUGCGGCCUAGAGUGUAUUUUGGCCAAUGCAUGUGAUCAGGAUUGGUCUCUGAUCACACAUGUAAAGUUUCAAGCAGAUCGGAGCAUGUACAGGCUAGUUUUAGAGCAUUUCCUUCCAUCCAGCAGGCGGCGCUAUAACUAUGGCUUUAAAUCAGAAUGUGAAUGUGAUCAGGGCAGGACAUUGAUCAUACAUGUAAAGUUUGAGACAGACUGGAGCAUGUUCAGGGCAGUUACAAAGCAUUUCCUGGUUCAUGGCGAAUUGUAAAUUUCCAGGGGUCGCUAUUUCUACUCAGACUUUUGCGGAGCAUUUUGAUAACUUUUGAUCAGCCAUGCCUGCUGUACAUCCUGGCCAAAUUUCAACUCGGAUGUUAAAAGUAGAGAAUCUAUCUGCAAAUCAAUAUGACCUAAAACUGUACAAUGUAUGAAAAAAAUAAUACAGUGGAGCAAAGCACUGCAAUGAUAUGAUUUUAUCUCGUCUACCAGACAGACUCUUGUGUCUAACAAACAAUUCUUUGAUUAAUUGUUGUGGAUAUGCACUGAAGGUGACUUUUCUCCAGCUUUAGUCUUGCAGCUUUUACAGUUAGCCACAGAACAGACUUGGCACUUUUCACUGUGUAUUUCAAAAUGUAAGCAGUAAGAAACUUCAAAAGCUUGAGUGGCCCCUCUGAGUUUUCAUCUCUGCACUCAUCAUUGGACCACACUCUGCUGGAAACCUUUACAAUAUAAAGCAUCACAGACAUCAAGAUUGUUAUUCGAAGCAGAUCAGCGUCGAAGCUGAACAGGUGAGAUGUUAUGGUGAUGUGCGACAUGUAGGACCAAGUAAAUAUAACGAUUUGUUGUGCUACUGUACGUUUUAAUCUUUUAUUUUGAUACUAUGGCAUCAGUAUAGAAAGUGAAGUUCUACCUUCUCUGUAACUCAUUUCUAAUUUCCCUUUUCCCGCUGUUUGCUUGAUUUUAUUUCCACUUUUAGGGUUUUCUUUCUCUACAUAUGAGUAUGAAAUUCAGGAAUAUGACAAAUAUUAAAGACUUUAUUAUCACUGGAUUCCCUGGACUUGCACCUGAGUAUUAUGGACCGGUGUCUCUUCUACUUUUUAUGGUUUUCCUUGUUAUUGUGAUCGGAAAUGUUUUCAUUUUAGCUGUCAUCAUGUUAGAGCGGAAUCUUCACAAACCAACAUACUGGAUCUUUUUUCACCUGGCAGUGACAGACCUUGCAUUCGGAACUGUGACUCUUCCAAAAAUCAUUGCCAGAUACUGGUGGAAUGACAUGGUAUCUUCGUUUAGUGUCUGCUUCACACAAAUGUAUUUUGUCCAUUCUUUGGGAGCUGUUCAUUCUUUGAUUUUGCUGAUGAUGGCAUUGGAUCGCUUUGUUGCCAUAUGGCUUCCCUUCAGAUAUCCUCUUCUAUUCACAAACCAAAAUGUUUCUAUCGCUUGUUGCUGUUGCUGGGUUUUAACUUUCAUUCGUAUGAUGGGGAUUGUGCUUCAUGCCUCAACGUUGCCCUACUGUGACCUUAAUAUCAUCAUGCAGUGUUAUUGUGAUCAUGUAUCGAUAACUCAGCUGGGAUGUGGUGACAAGGUUGCAUAUGUUAAGUCUGUUGCACUCGGAAAUGCAAUGGUCACUCUGUUAGUGCCUUUAACAGUCAUCAUUCUUUCGUAUUUUUUCAUUAUUGUAGCUGUUUUGAGAAUGCCUCAUACUGAGAGACGCCACAGAGUCUUGUCCACAUGUGCUCCUCAGCUCUUUAUCACCUGCCUUUACUAUGUGCCAAGAUGCUUUGUUUACCUCGCUAACAAUUUGGGAUUCAGCUUUAGUCCUGUUGCUCGUAUUAUUAUCACAAUGACGUACAGCCUCGUACCUGCCGUUAAUCCAGUGAUUUACUGUUUCAAGACUAAGGACAUUAAAGAGGCUUUGAUGCAGAGAUUUAAAAACAGAAAAAUAAGCAUUGCCAUUAAAACCGACUGUAGGCAAACUAUCAAGUAG